GCCACAGCGGAAGUAUUCGGUGGAUUUAUCUUUACACGAUGCUACACACGUGGAUAGUCCAUCUAUGAAAUUAUCUCCACGUGGCCUUUUGACCUGGUAUGACGUGUGGAGUAACCGGCCGAAAACAUUUUGACACAUAAGAAUCAAAGCCCAACCCCAAUAACCGGCCCCAUAGAGAAAACGUGCGUAAUGGGCUUCCGGAACGGAUCGUUAAAAUGGGCCUGAGGCAACACCGGCCCAAUUUCAAUAAAACGCGUCACAUUCUUUCCUCGCCGUAAUGUAUUUAGUGAACCAAGAGGCAAGAGCCAAUGGUUUCCUUAAAUCGUCCAAAAACCGACCAUGGAUUUGCAAAUAGAUUGAGCAACAAAAACGAAGCCGUCAACUGGAGUGACGAAAAUUAAGACUUAUGAUUGUGUCAGAGGAAAAACUAUGGGCUCAUCUGGGUCUGUUGCCUGAACCCUGCUUCUUCACCAACCAAAAAUGGGGAUUUCAAUAAGAUUUGCAGAAAACAAUAAAGAAGACGAAAAAAAUAAGAACACUAACGAUCUGACUUCUGCAUUUUGAUGGGUCUAUUGUAAAGAAUUGGGUGAUUUUUGUUAAUGGAAGCGUCAACUUGGAAGAGACAAUGGAAGCAGCGGAAGACACCAAAACCCAAAUGGAUAACCCACAGAAUCAUGGAGGGUACAAAAACCCUUUUGGGUUUGUUAUUAAAAGAGCCUCAUAUCUAAAAAUGACCUCGACAUGGUGAUGGACACGUGUCCUCCCUCCUCGAUCUUCAAAACCCUCGCGAAACUCCAUAAAUCUUGUUUUUUCUUCCUCCCUUCAGCUCUCGCCUCCGUUUUCGCUUUCAAUUUUCCACUCUGAGUUCUGGGUUUUGCUCCUUUUUUAUUUUAGUGGUUUUUUCUAUCUGGGUUUGUGUUUUCUUGGGCUUUACUGCCAUGAUCGUAUUGGAAUCCAUGGUGAGAUGAGUCGUAUCUUUCAAUUUAUUGCCUGAAAAAACAUAUUUGUUCCAAUUACUACUGUUAUAAUCUCUUUUAGGUCAGCGUCUGAUCUCCCUUUUGAUUCUGACGAUCCCUUUCAUUUGGGUGUUUUCUGUAUUUCAUUGUUGUUACAUAGUUUAGAGAAGGAAAAGGGUUUAUCUGGUGUCUGGUUUCUGGGGUAGUUUUGUAUUAGCUUUAGAACUGGCUAAGAUGAGCCUGAAUGCAGCGGAGGAUGAAUCGACUUCAGAAAUUCAUAUUCCAGCAGAGAUUGAUUGGGAUAUGUUAGACAAAUCCAAAUUCUUUUUUCUGGGUGCUGCUUUAUUUUCAGGUGUAUCAACUGCUCUUUACCCUAUUGUUGUUUUGAAAACUCGGCUUCAGGUUUCUGCUACUAAGCUAUCAAGCUUUAACAUGUCAUAUUCUAUCAUGCGCCAUGAAGGUUUAAGAGGGUUUUACCGAGGGUUUGGAACCUCUUUAAUGGGAACUAUCCCAGCUCGAGCCUUUUACAUGACAGCUCUUGAAGUUACCAAGAGUGGCGUUGGUAGUGCAACGGUUAGAUUAGGCUUUUCAGACACCACAGCCAUGGCUAUAGCUAAUGGAGCUGCUGGGUUGAGCUCGGCUAUGGCUGCUCAAUUGGUCUGGACUCCCAUAGAUGUUGUGAGCCAAAGACUAAUGGUUCAGGGCUGCAAUAACAGUGCUAAAAACCUUAAUUCUUGCGUCUAUAAGAAUGGUAUUGACGCGUUUCGAAAGAUCGUUUAUGCGGAUGGUUUUCGAGGAUUAUAUAGAGGAUUUGGGAUAUCAAUCUUGACAUAUGCUCCAUCAAAUGCUGUUUGGUGGGCUUCUUACUCUGUAGCUCACAGGCUUAUUUGGAGUGGUUUAGGCUACUACAAUAGUAAGAAGGAUGAGAGUUUUAAUACUGCUGGGUAUGCCUUUAAACCAGAUUCUAAGGCAACAGUGGCUAUUCAGGGCUUGAGUGCAGCCUUGGCCAGUGGGGUUUCUGCUAUCAUAACAAUGCCUCUAGAUACCAUCAAGACUAGAUUGCAAGUUUUGGAUGGAGAAGAAAAUGGUCAAAGACGACCCCUAACGGCAUUGCAGACCGUAAGAAACUUGAUGAAGGAAGGUGGGUUGAAUGCCUGUUACAGAGGGCUCGGGCCAAGGUGGGCGUCGAUGGCUAUGUCGGCCACCACCAUGAUCACGACCUAUGAGUUUCUCAAACGGCUAUCUGCUAAGAACCAAGAUUGCUUGAGCUGAUCGCCUUAGCUGGAUUACAUUGGCUUGGAUAUAUUCCUAGAGGCAGAUAAUGUAAUGCCCUUUUCUUUAUCUUUUUUCUGGUGAACUUUAUUCAAGAUCAUAUUGAAUAUGGCAUGGAAACAUGUAGUGGUCAUACCUCAACAAUAAGGAAAUUCAUUUUUUCCCCUUUCAUUUCUCUUGUACAAAUGUUCGUGCUAAUAAGAAAUAUAAUCGACUGUCAACAUUCGAGUUCUUUAAUCGUUCUUUUAGUAGUUCAACUUCUAAGAGUCAAAUUUUGUUGUUGGGAAUGUUUAGAGUUUGAUUCUGGGAAGAUGAUGGGCGAGGAAUACUAUUGAAAAUCGUUACUUCGUGCUCAUGGCCUACCCGACUAAUCCAUUGAUGAGAACAAAUCAAACAAACAUGGGCUAUGGUUUGAUGAUUCGGUCUGCACGGUGAGAGAUGUGGACUCGGUGUUCGAUUCGAAUUCUAUUUGCUUUCCUUCUAUAAUAGCAACAGUGGGUCAUCCUUUUAAGGUCCUUAGGAAGUGUUGCAGGCCUACCUAACUCUCAACAGAUACAAGAGUGCUUCGUAUCUCGGCUUGGUCGCAGCAGUGAAUUAGUCCGGUAGAGCUUACGUUCGAUGGGAUUACGCUCUUUCCUUCCAAUCGAGCUAUCAACAAGAGAUGGUUGGUUGUCUUUGCUUCUUCCAAGAGGCUUCCAAGCCCACAACGGUCCGCUGCGGAGCCUUUUGUCACCGCGCUGACACUGAUGAACCCCUGUUGCAUCAAAAUGGCAUCAGUUCUCCAAGUUUUUGAACUCGAUACGUAUAUGGCGUGUAAAAUGGAUCUUUAAAUACCUCAUCGGUUCGUUGGAUAUCCAUUCCGAAACGAACUUCUCCUGAUGCAGGAACCAUUUCGAGUGGAACUUCUGAUACUCCAGGAAGAAACCAUAGCCUUAUCCCAUGCACAACCUUCAGAUGGGAUUGUCAACGAUCAUGCGAACGGGUAUUACCUGAGUUACAUUAACUAUCUGUUCUGAUUGAAUAUUGACAAAGACAAGAGGCGCUCCUGAAGAAACUGCAGCACAGAACCAGGCCAUACACCGGCUAGUCGUGGUCUCCAUGGAGUGCUCUCCCCGCAGUGGCACGAACAGGAUGGAGCUUAUGACCGAAGAACGAUGAUCGGGUAGAUGCAGGUCGAGUUUUUUGCUCCAUUCAUACUUCACACCUCUUCUGUUGAAUUCUGCACCAUCCGGGUUUGAUAUUCUUCUACUCAUUUCUGCAACAUCAAACUCUGUUACAUUUCAAGCUGCCACUUACAGAACAACAAUGGAGUAAAACUAACCCACCCUGCAGUUCAUUGCACUGGUCAAAGGUGAGAUCACCGAGUACCACAACAUGUCGACCGUCGGUUGCAGCUCCAACAGUGAACUUCCUAAGCAAAAUCGACGUCUUCUCUUGUACGAUACGUGCUCGAAGCUUAAGCGUGGCAUCUCCACGCUUAACCUUCAGCCACACAACCUCAAACUGCUGGCUGAUCUUAGCAAGAUGCGAACUGAGAUCAGCCUUGAUCUUUGUCGAAACGAACAGCUCCUCGUCAUUGUCUUCAGCAACACCUUCAAUUACAUCGCCCGGUAAUGGCAUCGUCUCGUCCCAAUCCUCCAUAGCUUCUUGCUUCACUCUUUUCACACAAACGACCGUUGGAAGACUACUCAUUUUCGAGAUCUCGAAAGAUCAGUUGUGAGAUGUAUUGGGUUCGAGUUUUUGAGCUUAAAUUCAAGAAAGUUGUGACAUUGGAUCUGAUUAUUAUUUCUUCAAUAUGUUUCGAACAUAUCAAGAGUGUGGGAUUUUAGGACUUUA